AUGCUCAUUAAAGCAUGGGAGAGUGGUGUGUAUGGGUGGCUAGUGAAGGAGGUGUGUGGAGGCUAUGGUGGGUUGUCGAGGAGGCUCGUGGUGGUGAUGGCUACUAAGAUUAUGUCCGACAAAAAAGACAUCUUGAUCCGCACUAUAACUACAUCCG